AGGCGGUCCUUCUCCGGCUUCCCUCUGAUUGGUCGAGCUCUCAGCGUCUCUGCCUAGACUGUUCUUCUUUGGUGAGACCAUUGAGGGGCUAAUGCUGAAGCCGCUGUUAGUGCCUUGCCAACGCUGCUCCCGACACAUGAUGGCAACACUUUCACAGAUGAAGGAAGUCUUCCGGCGAGCAGAUGCUGUCUGUUUCGAUGUGGACAGCACAGUCAUCAAGGAAGAAGGCAUAGAUGAACUUGCCAAAUUUUGCGGUGUGGGAGAUGCAGUCACUGAAAUGACCCGCAAAGCUAUGGGCGGCUCAAUGACAUUCCAAACAGCCCUGACUGAGCGUCUAUCCAUCAUCCGAUGUUCAAGAGAACAGGUGAACAAACUGAUAACAGACCACCCACCUCAGCUGACUCCAGGCAUCAGUGAGCUUGUGGACCGCCUGCACCAGCGUAACAUCAAGGUGUUCCUCAUCUCAGGCGGCUUCCGCUGCAUCGUUGAACACGUGGCCACUCAGCUCAACAUUCCUCUUCAUCAUGUUUACGCCAACCGGCUCAAGUUUUACUUCAAUGGAGAGUAUGCUGGCUUUGAUGAGAGCCAGCCCACAGCUGAGAGUGGUGGAAAAGGCAAAGUCAUCAGUAUGUUGAAGGAACAAUAUGGCUUUAAGAAUGUGGUGAUGAUCGGAGAUGGGGCCACAGAUCUAGAGGCAUGCCCUCCUGCUAAUGCCUUCAUUGGAUUUGGUGGUAAUGUCAUUAGGCCGCAGGUUAAGGAGAAGUCCUUGUGGUACGUGACAAGUUUUGGGGAGCUGCUAAAGGAACUGGAAAAGAUUUAAAGAUGCUAAAAAGAGUACUGUAACUAAUUUUAACUUUUUGUACUUGCACCCAAGGGUGGUGCUUCUGUUGGUUUUAUCCCCUGCACAUGUUCCUUCUACUCGAUACGAGUUUUAUAUUGAAUGAAAAUGUUUACACUAGAAAGACCAAUUUCACCUUCAUGGGGAUGCUACCCUAUUGAUUUUUAUACUAGACACUAAAGGAUUAACCAAACCCUUUAUGAAGGUAAAAUAUCUUGUUAUGCACUUUUUGCAUUAAAGUCUUUAGUCAAGCUAACACCACUCGUGCAUUUUAUGAAAUGUUUAAUGAGUAAUAGAAAUGUUUUAGUUCUGUAUGAAAAUAAUGAGCUGUAACUACAUAUGUCAAUGUGUUAAAUCCUGUAAAGAACAUCAGCAUUAAACACAAGCACAUGCUGUCAAAAACAUUGUUGAAACUGCUUUAUUCUGUUUUGGCUGUCUCGUGUUGCCCUCUACACUGUUUCCUGUGAACUGAGUAACAAAAGACAAGAUAAACAUGCUUCCUUUAACAAUAAAAUCUGAUAUUACAAUAACCAGCAGCUAGAUUGCCUCAGCCACUGAUAGAUAACAUUUGUUUCCAGAGUUUAUCAUACAUGAUAGCUAUGCCCCGUUUAAACAUGUUGGAUAAAAACCAUUUCUGAAACCAGACAUGCAGUCUUCACAUGAAAUAAGCAAUAGCUACAAACACAGCACCAUGGAACCGCAACAUUACCAUAACAGAGAACCUAGGGACAUCCUAAGCAGCAACAGAAAGGAGUAGUUUGCCAAAAAUGUUUUUGAUUUAUAAUGGACCUCAAUUAACGUACAUGUUACACUGUCAUACUUUAGUUUUAUCAUGAUAUGCAACAGAAAUACAGUUUUCUUGAAAGAUGUUUUUGUGAAGAUGAUUUCACUUCACUCUGAAAAGUAAUGGCUUGCAUCAAAGUGCCAACAGCACGCUAAAUUGACAUUAAAUAAAUAAAUAGCUCCUGCAUUGUGCAGUGAGCUUCAGCAACAAUAUUCUUUCUAUCUGUCGUCAACAAACGGCUGCAUGUCUUUUUCAAGUAACUUUGGUUGUUUCUAAACUUAGAGAUGAGCUCUCUGCACGGCCCAGAUUUAAUGUGGCACCAGACUUUGGACAUCAUGACCAUCAGGAGGUUUAAAUCAGCCAAAUUUACUCAUCCUGCACGAGAACUAAAAAAAGA